UUUACAGGCGUUGCUCAAAGCACAAAACUCAGACCAGCGCCGCCGCCGGCCGGCCGGAGUCCGACCCCGGAUCGAGGUAGGUAGCCAGCCCCCUCCCGAGACCCGGCCGUCCGCGACCUCGUCUCCGCUGCCGCCCGUGCUCCCCAGACCCGCGCAACGGCGCGAGGUCAAACCCACACACCCCAAAACCCCAAGGGAGGGCCUCCCUCCCUCCCCAAUGCUCCCACCCCAAGUCAACCCCUGCCUCCCCACGCCCAUGGCUCCCCUGCCCCUCCCCCUGCUCCUCGCGCUCGCCGGCCUCGCCGUCGCCGCCGCCCAGCCCUUCUUCCCCCCGCCUCAGCAGCAGUCCACCGACGCCUCCGACGCGGCCGCCCUGAGCGCGGUGUUCCAGCGGUGGGGUCUCCGGUACGGCCCGACGGUGAACCUGGGGGACCCGUGCGGGACGCGGGACUGGCCCGGGUCCUUCGCGAGGAACGCGUCCGUCGGCUGCAGCUGCGACGGCUCGCCCGUGUGCCGCAUCACGCACCUGAACGUCACCGGAUACUGGAAUCUGACCGAGAUCCCGCCGGAGCUCUUCAACUUGACGGAGCUGGUCUCUCUGGAUUUGAGCAAUAACAAUUUAAGCGGUUCAAUACCUCCAGAAGUUGCGAAUCUCUCCAAACUGGAAACAUGGCACUUCAACAACAACCAACUAAGUGGACCUUUUCCUAAUGAAUCUUCACCUUUAAGGAAUCUUCAAUCCCUGUGGAUGUUUGAUAACUACAUUGAAGGGUUAUUUCCAGAAUUUAUUGCGGACUUUACCAAUCUCACGGACUUGAGAAUAUAUGGGAUGAAACUUCAAGGACCUAUUCCAAAACAAUUCUCUAAUUUGGUCAAUCUGAAGUAUCUGAUGCUUGGUGAUCUUGAUGGUGCGAAUUCUACUAUAGAUUUCAUACCAGAUUCAGCAAAUCUUUCGAUAUUAUCUCUGAGAAAAUGUGGAAUCGUUGGCCAGUUCCCUAGUACUCCCCCAACUUUACCCAAUCUGACAUACCUAGAUUUGAGGUCAAACAAUUUAUCAGGCCAAUUACAACUACUGCUUCCGUAUAAGAGUUCAAGAUACCUGUAUGCGGGUGACAAUGACUUUAGUGGACGUCUGCCUGCUGAAUUUGUUCAGCCAUCACUUGCUUUGACUGUCAAACUAAGCUUUACCAGGGUACCAUUUCAGUUUCUACUACAUUCCAAAAUGGAUAUUUCCUAUAAUCCUUUUAUUAAUGGACUCCUUCCUAACAAUCCGACUGAUCGCAAGUUGUCACUAAAUUAUAUUGGGACUGCAAUUGAUACAAGCAGAGCGAUUAACAGUGAAAACCUCACUCUUCUCAACUGUCUCCACAUGAAAGAAUGCAACAGAAAAUAUUACACUAAUGCUAUAACCUCCUUUGCUGUAAACUGUGGCGGCAAGCAAACAAUUUAUUCAGAUCCAUUGCCAAUUAGAUUUGACGAUGACACCACUGACCUUGGAGCAGCAGGUUUUCAUGUUAAUACUAGCAUGCAAUGGGUAGUUAGUCAUGUGGGUUCUGAUCCUUUUCGUGAGUCUCCUCGUUUUGUAAAUACAAGUCAAGUUAUUCUGGGAACAGACAUGCCUGAACUGUAUCAAACAGCAAGGACAUCAAGAAGUGCUUUGUGGUACUAUAUAGUUGGUUUGUCUAAUGGGAAAUACACAGUUCAACUCUUCUUCGCGGAGAUAGUUAUUGAAAAGCCAGGAAAGCGCCUAUUUAACAUUGAUAUUCAGGAUCGAAAUAUCAAGACAGAUUUCGACAUUACUAAGGAAGCAGGGGGGUUCAGAAGACCCACAAACAUAACUUACGAAGUGACAGUGGUUAACUCGGUACUUAAGAUACAUCUGCAUUGGAAUGGACGAGGCACAUGCUGUAUUCCAUAUGAAGGAGCUUAUGGGCCUCUGGUAUCAGCAAUAAGAGUUUUUCGCCCCGAAAGUCCGAACAACAGCCCCCCACCAGCACGGCCAGUGUCUGCGCCAAGUAAUGAUGACAAGCGGAGAGGAGUGGUUGCAGGCAUUGCAGCCCUGUGUAUAGCUGCGGCGGUGAUCUCUUCGUCUGUUGUUUACCUUUGGUGGAAAUGGGUUGCACUGGUAAAGCAUCCAAAUGCAUGAGGGGAGUUCAGUUGUGCAUAGCAUGUGAAUUAGCCUAUGUACUGUAUCAUAUCUUCGCCGAGCUUGGUUGGGGGACAUGGACGCCUGUACAGGAAAACUCACCGCAUAGCGUGAAGAGGAGAGCAGCAUUGGUGUACAGUUCGGUUUACUGUCAGGAUUUUAGAUCUGUAGCUUUGUUUUGUUUCCCAUCCAUCGAUUGUAACUUGUAAGGACCACUCAGUCAUCUUCAUUCUUUAUUUGUUCGUUCAAACUUACUUCCAUGUAGUGCUGCCUUGUUGAAUGAGUAAUUAACACCUUGAGGUGUUCUUUGGAA